AUGACUCAAGAGGGCGUGGCUGACCGGCGCUUCGUUCUUGGCUGGCGUGACAUCUUGUGUGUGUGACGCUACGCCAACUUCUUUUACUCCUCCCUUCGUGCAGUUCACAAGCUACCCCUUGGACAGGUUCGGAAACCACUGACAGAGAUAAUGGCCGUACCUCCUACCUACGUUGACCUUGGAAAGUCCGCCAAGGAUGUUUUCACUAAGGGAUAUGGCUUUGGUCUCAUCAAGCUGGACUUGAAGACGAAGUCUGAGAAUGGACUGGAGUUCAACAGCACCGGCUCUGCCAACACAGAGACCAGCAAGGUGUCCGGUUCCUUGGAGACCAAGUACAAGUGGGCAGAGCACGGCCUGACCCUCACAGAGAAGUGGAACACGGACAACACCCUAGGCACUGAGAUCACCCUGGAGGACCAGCUGGCUAAGGGGCUGAAGCUGACCUUUGACUCCUCCUUCUCGCCCAAUACUGGCAAGAAGAGCGGCAAGAUCAAGUCUGCUUACAAGCGGGAGCACGUCAACGUUGGCUGCGACGUGGACUACGACAUCAACGGCACAGCGGUCCAUGGUGCAGCGGUGGUUGGCUUCGAGGGCUGGCUGGCGGGCUACCAGAUGACCUUUGAGGCCGGCCGCAACCGCGUCACCCAGAGCAACUUUGCCGUGGGAUACAAGACCGAAGAGUUCCAGCUGCACACAAAUGUGAACGACGGCACCGAGUUCGGUGGCUCCAUCUACCAGAAGGUCAACAGUCAGCUGGAGACGGCCGUCAACCUGGCUUGGACCGCCGGGAACAGCAACACCCGCUUCGGCAUCGCCGCCAAGUACCAGAUUGAUGCCGACGCAGCCUUCUCUGCUAAAGUGAACAACUCUAGUCUGGUGGGCCUGGGCUACACACAGACUCUGAAGCCAGGCAUCAAGCUGACCCUCUCUGCUCUCCUGGACGGGAAGAACAUCAACGCCGGGGGCCACAAGAUUGGCCUUGGCCUGGAGUUCCAGGCAUAGAAGAAGACUAAGUCCCUCUGACCUGCCUACACACCAUACCACCAAUCCAAAGCCCGGAUCAUUUGAUUGACGAUAGCUAACCUUCACCCCCUCUCCCCGCCCCCGUUGCUCCCUAGAUGUGCUCGAGUUGAAUCAAGGCACCAUCAUUAUAAUCAUACUUUUCCAAUCAUGAUCUAGCACACUGGAUCUUAACUGGAACACUUUAAGAGAAUAUAUUUUGAACAUGGGGCCCGUGAAGGAUUACAACUGGAAUUAGAAUUUUUAGAUUUGUAAAAGGGAACAGGGAAUUCUAAAGCGUGUAGAAAUGUGCCUGUGACCAAUUUUCAUUCCACUACAAUCAUGCUCAAUACUAUUUGUUCAUCCUUUUUUAAUUUUAAGUGGAUACAAAUAAAAACUAAUGGCACAGAAUCACACUAUGGACCUAUUGCAAAAAGCUGGAACUGAAACGUUUCAUAUCUACAGUAGAUGGUGCUGUUGCUUUCCUCCAGAUGCCAACCUGAAGUCAAAGCAUUCCGUGUUCGGCCACAUUCCAUGUCUGGCCAGUAGUCCCGCACUAUACAGUAGAGAACUGUCCUAGUAUGUUCUAGCUAGGUCCAGACUGAGGGAAGUGUGUCCUAGAGUUAUUUAUAACGGGAGAAGUGAUAGUCAAUGUUUUAAUCUAAGCAGCUGCUGUUUAGCUCUUCCUCAACCUGUUGUGUACAUUCUGUGUUAUUUGUUUCACUUUGUCUUAUGUCUGUGCAUUUGGUGUGAAUCAUGUCCUUUGUUAAAUAUAGUGAAAAUAAUUUUAUUUUACCACUGGACUUUACAUAUUUUAACCAUAAUCUGCUUAUAUUUACAAAGGCAAAGUCCUGUCAGUAGUUCUUGGUCUGACCGAGGGAAGUGGUCAAUAGUGAUCAAUACCGUUUAGAGCCUCAAGAGGAACACAGUAAUGAGAAUGAAGAAACAACAUGAUAUGAAAAGAUAGUCUUCCAAAUGUGGUUGUUUGAACAAAGCCUGGUGAACCUGACAGUAUUGUUACUCCCUGACUUUAAUAAAGAUCAUCUUGAACCAGC